UUUUCCAGCUGGACACGCACGCACGCACAAAAAGCAGCGAGUGCGUGCUAUGGUGGGAGAAGACGCGCGCGGACCCUCUGCGAGCUCGUUUGCCUGUGACUGACUGACCUGCGGCGGCGGCGUUAACCUUGUUACGAGAAGAUGUCUGUGGACGAGGUGUUUGUUUUCCGGCCCUUCAAGCUCAUCGCUCUGCUGUGCGUCUUCUUGGCGCUGUGUCUGGACGUGGUGGCUCUGCUGAGCCCAGCCUGGGUCACUGCCGACCAUUUCUCCCUGUCUCUGUGGGAGUCCUGCUCCCAGUCCGAGGCUCGAGACCCGACGGAGGAGCCUGAGUGGAGCUGCUUCUCCACCCUCACAUCUGACUGGCAGAUCGCCACCCUGGUGCUGCUUGGGGCCGGUGCCGUGUCGACUCUGGUGGCGUUCUUGGUGGCUCUCAUUUCCCUCUGCAAAGGGACGCAGAGACGACACUACCGCACAGUGGCUGUGUUCCUCUUCACUGCAGUGGUUCUGCAGGCCUGCGCUCUGAUCCUCUACCCGAUCAAAUUCAUCGACGGAACGGUUCUGCAGAAAUAUCACGAGUUCAACUGGGGCUACGGGCUCGGCUGGGGAGCCACCAUCUUCAUGUUGGGCGGCGGGAUCCUCUUCUGCCUGCGGACGGACAUAUACGAGGAUGCAAUGUACUGAGUCCCACUGCGACCCCCCCCCUCCCGCCGCUGGAAAUACACACACAAACACACACACACUGACAAAUUCCCAUACAGGAGGUGUGCUGCAUUUCUCCACUCUGCACACGGGCCAAUGCGCAUGUGAGCACAGACCGUAUCUCUUUCUUCCUCUCGCUGUCUUGCCCUCUCUCUGUUAUUUUUAGACAGGUUGUGAAGGCCUAAUUUAGGCCAGGGCUGUAUGAAUAGGACCCUCACCCCCUCCUCCCAGGCAGCCAGCGGGUCCCUCAGCCCUGCCGGUAUCGGGGUGAGGUGGCAAAGCUGAAGCGCGGAGAGCUUUCUGGACAGGCACGAGCCGCUGAUGCUGGACGUUUCCACUGUGCGUUGACCUGGAUCUCUAUUGUUAGAGAAACAGAACAGUAGAUUCUCAGCACAGACCUGAGUGUGCAGUGGCUGAACAUUGAAAGGGAUUGAUUUACAGUACUCCCACAUUUCCUUUUUUUUCUAUUAUUUUUGUAGCAUUUCACAAGGACAAGCUUGUUUUUAAUGUAUUUAUGGCAUCAUUUUCCACUUUAUAAAUAUUGAAAAUCUGAACUUCUCCCUCCAUGUGUUCUAGCUGAAACAUAUCUAGUAAUGCUAAGUCUUCUGGUAUUAGAAGUGUAAAUUAGUAAGCUUCGAUAUACUUGGGAGCUAUCGAGUGUUUAUAGUUUGUGUGGAAACUCACAGUAGUUUGUCUCAAAUGAAGAAUGUAAAUUUGUACAAAGUAUUUCUACAUGAAGGAAAAUCCCGAAUAAACAACUGUAGUUUUGGGAACAUUAGGAGUGUGAAUUAUUGUUGCAGACGUACUAUGAUGUCCCCAGUGGUUCAAAAACUCUUGACCUUUGACAAAAAUGGUGCCCCCUUUUUGGACCGAACAGCAAAACACUUUUAUUAUACAGAGCACACAUUCCUCAGAGAGAGCCACCCCAGUCUAUUUAAAGUGGUACUAUACUACCGGUUUGCUUGCUUGCAGCUAGUUGGUGUGUGAUCAUAAAAACCAACAUAGUUUUGUAUGCUAACCACAAGACAUGAUUUGCAAUUAAACUUUACAACUGCAUCUGAGAGAUGCUUGUACAUGUCCUGUAUUAUCUGGAACAUUUUUUACUACUGUCAUGUUUAUUUGUAAUGGUUGAAUGUGCUUGAAGACUUUCAAAUUUACAGGUGCUUUUAUUUGUGAAACAAAAAUAUUAAAAAACAAUUUUAUUUUGAGGUUUUUGAUUGCAAAUCAGUAGGUAGCCUUACAUUUAUUUAUGUUUUUUGUUGAAGUAUGCUCAUAAAAGGCAAGUUUUAAAAGAUCUUUACUUUUUUUUUUUUGCUUGUUUUGUGUAAAACAGAAGGCACUGCCACAUUUAGGCAGUCUGUUGUGAAGUCUCCCUGUAUACACUUCCUUUACCCCGCUGAGUCUGAACUGCAGCAUCUGGUUAAAGAAUCUCUGGAAAGGGAACAUCUGCAAAUAAACAAUUUCAGUAACUGCAGCAGUGUGAAAACGCCCCAGCUGUGUGGACAAUAUUUACACCAGAAUCAACAGGUCAGAGGAAAAAAACCCAAAUUACUGUAUCAUGUGAGAUGCAUGGCUUCUGUGAAUAGUAUAAUUGCGUGUCGAGUGUGUGAGGUGCCAGAUCAGUGGCUGUCUUAUAAUAGCAGUGACCGCUUGAGAAUCUUUGAAAUGUGGUUUACUAGUUAAAGGUGAUGUGGUUACAUGACAGGCUGAAAGAGAGGGCUCACAUCAUACAGUUUCUAAAGCAAGACAUAAAUGUGAUCAGGUAAUGCCUGUUGUCCCUGGUUAAACAUUUCUAUCAGUGGAGAAUACAAAGUGAAAGAUUUGACUGUUUUGACACGUUGAAUAAGUGAAACAUUGACUCAGGACAUUACAACUGAAAAUACUGAUAUUUCCCUCUGGAGCAAUAUUUUAAAAACUUUCAGGAAACAUGGAGACAACUUACAACAUGCACAAAAUAUGCAGUUGCAUUUCCUGAAGCAAGUUUUGGUGUGUUUUAUUCGGUUUUUAAAUUAUGCACUCACUAAAAUUGGUGUGUUGUGGAGGUGAAAGGUCAAAAUGCCAGCGGUUCUUUAUGCUCAGCACUCCACCCACACAGUUACAACUCUUCUUAUGUUACAUGUUUCUGCACAGUUAAGAGGUACAUGAAGAAAAAAAAGUCCCACCCAGGACAUUUUUCACUUUUAAUGGUAAACUUAAGUACCAGCUUCUCAUUUCCCCUGUGAUCUGACUCUGUUUACUUUCUUCUGCUCGCACUUGCAUUUACACCAUGUUUGACCACACCCUCACUGUUGACUCUCUUCCACCACCUAGUGACCAAAUCUUGAUGGUAUCCGGUGCUGUGAGAGCCAUUAAAAGCACAAAAGCCAAAACAGGUUUUGUGAUUCUUUCUCUCAGUUUAAGGCCGAUAU